AUGGCUUCUCGUGCGUUCGUGCUCGUGCUUGCCGCCCUCCUGGCUCUGUGCGCCGCCGCCGUCUCCGUCGCUGCGCAGCAGAGGCCACUGCCGCCCAAAUACCGCAUCAUCAACCCGGGCAAGUACAAGAGGGACCAGCAGAUGACCUGCGACGACCCCAACGACAACAAGGCCAAGUGCUUGGCCAAGUGCGAGAAGCGGUGCCCUAACCAGUGCGUCGUGCUCUGCCCGGGAUGCAAGACCUUCUGCAUGUGCGACUUCUACCCCGGCGUCUCCUGCGGCGACCCGCGCUUCACCGGCGCCGACGGCAACAACUUCUACUUCCACGGCAAGAAGGACAAGGACUUCUGCAUCGUCUCCGACGCCGGCCUCCACAUCAACGCCCACUUCAUCGGCAAGCGCAACCCGGCCAUGAGCCGCGACUUCACCUGGAUCCAGGCGCUCGGCAUCCGCUUCGCGCACCACCACUUCUACGUCGGCGCCGCCAAGACGCCCAAGUGGGACGCCGCCGCCGACCACCUCGCGCUCGGCUUCGACGACGAGGACCUCGACGUCGCGUCCCAGCUGCCGCGCUUCGUCGGCGCCCGCUGGUCGCCGCCCACGGCUCCCGCCCUGUCCGUCACCCGCACCGCGCGCGUCAACACCGUCGUCGUCGAGCUCAGGGGCGUCUUCCGCAUCGUCGCCAACGUCGUGCCCAUCACCGCCGAGGACUCCCGGAUCCACAACUACGGCGUCACCGACGACGACAGCCUGGCGCACCUCGACCUCGGCUUCAAGUUCUACGACCUCACCGACGACGUCCACGGCGUGCUGGGCCAGACCUACCGCCCGGACUACGUCAACAGGCUCAACGUCACCUCCAAGAUGCCCGUCAUGGGCGGCGCGCCGGACUACCUCUCCUCCGACCUCUUCUCCACCGACUGCGCCGUCGCACGCUUUGGUGGUGGACGCCACCAAGCAGGCACCACCACCGCCGUUAAUAUUGCCAUGGUCACCGACGACAUGGAAUAA